CACCAUGGUAGGAACAUGCCAAUAGCAUGUCCAUCGUCUUCUUCUUCGAUCAGAAGACACCAAGAAGACGCCCAUAUCAUCGCACCAAGAAAACAAUCGACGACGUAUUCAUCUCUCGACCCCUAACAGCUCACUACAGACUCAAACGCAAUUCAACGUUCAAGAAAAAGAGGCGAUCCACAUUCCUAUCGCCUACUCAAGGCCUCAGCUCGAGCGACGAGGCGUCAACUCCACUGCUGAGUGCAAGCAUUGCCAAAGUAGGGAGUGACGGCGCGUUUGCACGUGAAGGCGUCGACAAGGAAGAAGCUGCAGUCACACAGACCGAAGAGACAGCGCCGUCUAACGGUGUCCUACCUCCCGUCGACGUCCACACUGUGUCACCUCCAUUGAUUUCCGCCACUUCGGCAGCUCUCACCAGUUCGCGACUGAAAAUCCUUGCUGAGCUCGAGGAAGAGCGAGACGACGACGGACAGGAGCAGUAUAGCUUUCAAGAGGCUCAGUUUGCUGCUCCCGGGAUACUCCAGCAGCUAUCUAAGCUUAUCUACUUGGCAGACAGAGAAGAGGCCAUCAAGUGGUGCCCAGAGGGGUUGAUUGCUACUCUGCGUUCUGAGUACCGGAGUCUGACGCGGGGGGUGAAGGUUGCUAGACGACAGUGGCAGACGGUGAGUUAUCGGUAUACUGCGGAGAUGAGUCGUGAGGAGAGUGAAGGUGAUGUGAGGCUGCCCAUUAUUGUGAUGGAGGGGAGUGAUGGGGAAAGGAGGAAGGAGGGACGUACGAGGAGGAGGCUGGAGAUGAGUGUGUCGAUCAGUGAGGUCGAGAUGCUGAAGGAGGAGCAGAAAGCAAAUGGGGACGAUGUUGGUGCUGUGCCGAGUAUAUUUGGUUUGGGUCGGGAGAUGAGUAAGUCUCCUCGUGGGCAGCAGCCGAGAACGAGACUGGAACGAUAUCAUGUUGUUGGAGUACACGAGAGAGGAAGUACAUCCAGUAAUUCUAGUAGGCAGGUUCACAUAGGACCACACGGUCACUAUGAAGAAGUGCUGAAAGAUUAUAGUAGCACACCUGUUCGUGGCUCACAGACAAUUUGCUUUUCACUGUCUUCCCCCUUUGCAGCAGAAAGGGGUUGGCUGAAGGAGCCGGUUGAUUCAGAAGAUCCAGAGAGACGAACGCUUUUAGAGUGGCUGCUUGAGCGAUCCAGGAAGAUAAGGAAACAAAGAGAAGUUGAGAGGAAAGAAGCGGUAAAGAGAGGUAGCACCGGUCCACUCAUAGUUCGAUACUACGAAAAGUGGCCAAAGCUGGAUGCAGCCAGAAUGAAGUUCGAGGCAAGAAUGAGACAGGCGAGACUCAAGAGGCAAGGAGUAGACACAUCUUUAGAUGAACUGGAAGAAAAGCGAUGCCUAAUGAACCAACUACCUGAUGGAACAACCUUUUGCUUUUAUCUUUCUGGUCAGACUGCUAUUUGUAGGACCAGUGGAGGCUCGGGACUCACACAAAAAUACACAUAUGCAUAUGAUCAAGAAGGCAACAUGCUUGCAUGCUUCUUACCAUCUGGCAAGGGCUGUGGUUAUUACAAAGAAGGAGCGUUGCGUGUUCUUGUAGAUGUGGAUGAGGGGUUGGUUUUUGAUGAGGAUGGGAUUGUGACUAGGAAGUGGAAAUGGCCUGCAAAGGGAUUGAAACUUCAGCCGUCUGUCAUUGUGCAGUUGAAUGAACACAUUCAACUUCGUUGCCUUAGUCAGACAAAUAUAAUGCUCUAUUUCACAUGCCACAAAGAGAUUGUGAAAUUUCAACUAUCAGAGCCAGUGCAGUCUUCACCAUCUCCUCCACCACCAAGCUCAGACGAGGCAUGUGAAAGUCCAUUGAUGACAAACCAGUUGCUGACAAAUGUGCAAUUCACUUCUCAGACAGCAUUAGACAUGUGUUCGGUCAAUAUGCAAAGACCAUCUUCUAAAAAGAGUAAAAAGAAACCAUUAAAGAGUGGAUCUGCAACUCAAAAACAGAAAGCACAGAAUGUGACUGCAAGCAAUGUAUUGGGGCUGGAUACGAUUGAAGAGGAAGGAAACGAUGACUUGGCAUUCAGUACUAUCUCAACCGAUCUGCUCUUUUCACUGAAUAUAAAGGUUCUGGAGCAAAAUCAAGUUGACUUGCAGACUAUUCAGGAGAAAACAAAACUUUUAACCAAUGAAUGGAUGGAUCACUAUCGUAAGACUCUUGGUAUUACUCCUCGCAGUUCUCCUCGUAAUUCACCUGCCAGAGAGAUUUCGUUUUCACACGGACACUAUCGGCGAUGGUCAGCAGAAGAUGGACAGGGUGCUGUAACGUCAGAUGGAAGCAAGGCAAUUCCAGUGCAAAGUAUAUUACCGCUACAUCGGCGAUCUGUGUCAGCAGAGCCAGUCCAAUGUACCUCACGAGUUUUACCUUCUCCUUUGCCAGGGUUACGACAGACUGUUCGAUCUCGAUGGGGCCAUGAAUCAGUCAUCAGAUUUCAUCCACGAAAGAUUCCGUUGUUAUAUGACAAAGUAUAUGACUAUUUCAUACAGAAGGAACUUUCACACAACCAGUUGUUGGUCGUUUAUGUGUGUGACAGUCGACUAGGGGCAGACUCUUCUGGUUGCGAUACCAUGCUUGAACGUAUCUAUUACAGCCACAAUAAAAAUAGGAUCAAACCAUCAAACACUGACUUAUAUCGAAUUGUGAAGUAUGACUUAGCUGUUGCUGCUGAAGAAUCGUCUUCAGAAGUGCCAUUACUGCAGCGAAGACAUAAUGCUAUUGCUGGAAUGAUAUUCAUUUAUCAAAGUGGGCGGCUGCUCUUUGCCAAUAAGAUAUUUAAUGGAUAUGGUAACUUGAAGAAAGAUUUCAUGAAACAGCUCAUGAAGUGCGCAGAUGACUUUUGCCACGGUCAUUUUUUGUUGCCUAAUUUUCGUUUUGGAGAGAGCAGAACUCGUAGUCGUUCAAUACAGAAAGCAUGGAUUGCACCUGGCAGUGUUGAACAACUCAGUGAAAUAUCACACAAAGAAAAGCCAGGUUUCUCAAUUUCUUCAAGGGUGAUGUCUCAGAUGACUUCCAUUGGUUUCAUUACUCAGUCUCUAUCGUCAGAGGAGAAUCUUAGUCAGAUGCAUGCAAGUCAUUUUCAUGACCUGAUCGAGGUGUCUCCUGAUAAACCACUGGUCACCGAACCACUCAGUGUAUCGACUGUUGUAGGGAAUGCUUGAUAGGUAAAUAACAUUUUUAGUUUAAAUUAGCUGUUUUAAUAGUGUAUCCCGGCCUCUGGAUUAAUUGGGCAGAUAUGUGGGUUUCUCUGUUCUAUACGUUAUAUUUUUGUACAUUGUAGCUAUACAGCCGAACUCUUUUGUAAUCCGUGUUUUCUGCAAGUUUUUCAAUAAGAUUUUCUUGUGUAGAAC